GGUCCUGGUAUUUUCUGAAUGUAUUUAACAUGAAUGAAUUUGUCUUCUUUUACAAGGAAAAUUACAGAGGUGUGUUCCAGAGUUGACUGUUCAUGGCACAAACAAAUGGAGGGUGUUCACUGGCACUUAUUUUUAUCAUUGUGUUGUUGUUGGCUAAAGCAAAUAUAGAUGUAUGCAAGAGAGGAGAUGUGACCGUGAAGCCUUCCCGUGUAAUUUCACUUGGAUCAGCUGUCAAUAUUUCAUGCUCUUUGAAGCCUGAACAAGGCUGCUCACAAUACCCCAGUGUUAACAGGUUAAUCCUCUACAAGUUUGACAGACAAAUCCAUUUUCUGCAUGGUUACUCCCUCAGUUCCCAAGUCACUGGUCUUCCUCUGGGUACAACCCUGUUUCUCUGCAAAUUGGCAUGUAGCAAAAACAAGGAGUUUCGAAUAUGUGGGGCAGAGAUCUCAGUUGGUGUUGUUCCGGAACAGCCUCAAAACUUAUCUUGUAUACAGAAGGGAGAACAUGGGACCGUAACCUGCAUCUGGGACAGAGGACGAGACACCCACCUAUAUACUGCAUAUACUUUACAGCUAACUGGACCAAAAAAUUUCACUUGGCAGAGGCAAUGUAAUGAUCAUUAUUGUGACCAUUUGGACCUUGGAAUUAACCUAACCCCUGAAUUGCCUGAAUCCAGUUACACAGCCAAGGUUACUGCUACAAAUAGUCUUGGAAAUGCUUCUUCAAUUCCAUCCACAUUUACAUUCUUGGACAUAGUGAGGCCUCUUCCUCCAUGGAACAUCAGAAUCAAAUGUGUAAAUGCUUCUGUGAGCAGAUGUAUCCUUCAGUGGAGAGAUGAGGGGCUGGUGUUGCUUAAUCGACUCAGAUAUCGGCCCAACAGCAGCAGGUCCUGGACUAUGGUCAGUGCUACAAAUGCCAAAGGAAGACAGGAUCUGCUGGAUCUGAAACCAUUUACAGAGUAUGAAUUUCAGAUUUCUUCUAAGUUACAUCUAUAUAAAGGUAGUUGGAGUGAUUGGAGUGAACCAUUCAGGACACAAACACCAGAAGAAGAGCCUACUGGGACAUUAGAUGUUUGGUACAUGAAACAACCCAUUGACUACAAUAGACAACAGAUUUCUCUUUUCUGGAAGAAUAUGAGUGUAUCUGAGGCAAGAGGGAAAAUCCUCCACUAUCUAGUGACCUUGCAGGAGGUGGCAGGGGGGAAAGUCACAAUGCAGAACAUCACAGAACACACCUCCUGGACCUGGAUCAUUCCCAGAACUGGAAAGUGGGCUGCAACUGUGUCUGCAGCCAACUCAAAAGGCAGUUCCCUGCCUACUCGUAUUAACAUAACGGACCUGUGUGAGGCAGAGUUGUUGGCUCCUCGUCAGGUCUCUGCAAACUCAGAGGGCGUGGACAACAUGAUGGUGACCUGGGAGCCCCCUGGGAAAGCCGCCCCUGCUGUCCAGGAGUAUGUGGUGGAAUGGAGGGAGCCCCAUUCCGGGAGUGACACGCAGCCCCCUCUAAACUGGCUGCGGAGUCCCCCCUACAAUGUGUCCGCUUUGAUUUCAGGGAACAUAAAACCCUACAGCUGUUAUGAAAUCUGCGUGUGUGCACUGUCGGGGGACCAGAGAGGAUGCAGCUCCAUCCGGAGUAACUCUAAGCACAAAGCACCACUGAGUGGCCCCCACAUUAAUGCCAUCUCAGAGGAAAAGGGGAACAUUGUAAUUUCAUGGAACGAAAUUCCAGCCCAGGAGCAAAUGGGUUGCAUCCUCCAUUACAGGAUAUACUGGAAGGAACAGGACUCUAAUUCCCAGCCUCAACUUUGUGAAAUUCCCUAUAGGGUAUCCCCAAAUUCACAUUCAAUAGACAGCCUGCAGCCCGGAGUAACAUAUGUCCUGUGGAUAACAGCUUUGACAGCUGCUGGUGAAAGCCCCCCAGGAAACAAGAGGGAAUUUCAUCUGCAAGGUAAAGCCAAUUGGAGUGUGUUUGUGGCACCAAGCAUUUGCGUUGCUGUCGUCAUAGUGGGCAUUUUCUCAACGCGUUACUUCCGGCAAAAGGUAUUUGUUCUCCUUUCAGCCCUCAGACCUCAGUGGUGUAGUAAAGAAAUUCCAGACCCAGCCAAUAGUACUUGGGCCAAGAAAUACCCCACUGUAGAGAAGAUGCAGCUACCCUUGGACAGGCUCCUGACAGACUGGCCCACUCCUGAAGAACCUGAGCCUCUGGUCAUCAGUGAAGUCCUGCAUCAAGUGACCCCAGUCUUCAGACAUCCUCAUCACCCCAACUGGCCAGACAAGGGACAAGAAAUCCAAGGUCACUAUACCUCUGAGGAAGACACAGGAUAUAGUGCCUCAAGCCUACCACCUCCCAAAGCUCUCAUAGCAGAGACAGGACUAGUGGAUCUGUACAAGAUGUUGGGGAGCAGGAGCCCUGACUCAAAGCCAGGACACCUAGCUGGCCCUGUGACAGUACUCCCAGUGGACUACCUUCCCACCCAUGAGGGAUACUUACCCUCCAACAUAGAGUAUCUUCCUUCACAUGAAGCUCCUAUAACUGAUCCUCUGGAAGAACUAAAGCCUCAGCACAUCUCUCUUUCCAUUUUCCCCUCAAGUUCUCUUCACCCACUCACCUUCUCCUGUGAUAAGAAACUGACUCUGGAUCGGUUAAAGAUGGGGUGCAGCUCCCUCAUGCUGUGAGUGGUGAAGCUUGGAAAGUCCAUGUGCUCCCAGCCCCCAAUGUGUCUCUCAUCCCCAGCCCACACUGCUCCAGUGGUCAUCACCUCUGGGGUGCUGCUAUCAGGUCUGUUUCCAAAUAGAGGGCAAACAAAAAGCCCAGGGUUUGUCUUGGGAACUGAGAAUUGGCUGUAACCCAGAUGCCUGUCUUGCCUUCUCCAGAGCCUUAGGACUAUAGUUAACCCUUGAACAGUGUGAGGGUUAGGGGCACAGGCUUAAAUCUGCAUAAACUUGUGACUCCUCAGAAAGUUAACCAUUGUUCGCUUUUUGACCACUCUUACUGGUAACAUAAACACUUAUUUUGUAGAUGUAUUUUAUAUACUGUAUUCUUGAAGCUAGAGAAAAAAAAAUGUUAAGAAAAUCGUAAGGAAAAAGAUUUAUAGUACUGUAUUUAUUGAAGAAAAUCCACCUAAGUAGACCCACACAGUUCAAACUUGUGUUAUCCAAGAUUCAAUGGUACACCGUGUGUACCUAGAGACUCCAAUCUGGGUUCCCACAACUUUCUUUGCCAGGUUGGCCAGUAAAGGGAAAGGAGAGAAUGGAAACCAAGGCUCUUACUAGCAAGGGCUAAGAAUCCAAGCUUUAUAAAGCUGCUACUCCAUACCAAGUCAUACACCUAGAUCAGAAGCAUCCAAUAGGCCUAAGGCAGAAAUGUUCUCUACAUUUCUUUACUGUUCGCUGCAGUCGAUAUGAACCACAUUGGCUCUUGACCACUUUGGAAUGUCUAGUAUGACUGAGAAGUGAAUUUUGAUUGUAAUUAGUCACAUAUAGGAGGGUACAGGUCUAAAUUACGGAUCCACCAGUAAGAAUUACAAUGAGUCUUCAAAACAGAUCAACCCAGUUUUACAGAGGAGGAUGUAAAAGAUCGUGGUGAACAUCAGUAUUACAAGAGCUCCCAAAUGGUCAUGACUGUUCUUAUUUGUGAAAGCCUGUACAAAUACACCUUUUUCCUAGUUUUCCUAUUGUUUUAUUCUGUCUUCACCCUCUUUCAGUGAAUCAAGAACAACUUACUGGUGGAAAGUUCCUGUAAACCCACAAUAUGACCUUGGGAAAACAGCUUCCCCCCUCUGAAAUCCAAUGUUUUGGAAAGGAGUGGGCCAAAGGCUUUCUGACACCUUGUUUCCUCUUCUUUCUGCUGUAGCAGCUGUUGCCUUCAGGAUCAGGGCUAUCUCAGGGUCUAAUGGUUGCACUUAUGUCAACCCUUUCUCCCCAAGGCAUCCUGCUUUUCCUUCCUCAGGAAGACAGAACUGAUGCUGAACUGAGCCUAGGAGGUAAUUCUUUUUCCCAGCAUGAACUUGGAACAUGAUACAUGUUGUAUUCACUUAAAGCUGUGGCCGCUGGCUUGUCACCUUCCCCACCCCAUCACUGCUUCUAUCCCUUCACUGUAAGCCCUUCUGCUAAGCUGGUAAGGGAAGUCUUUUCAAAAUGCUAAUAGUACCCUUUCCAAAGUAACAGGAUGAAAAGUCCAAGAAACCUUCUUAAAUCCCUGUCAAGCUCAGGGCCUACACCCCAGCCUGAUCCCAAACCAAACACUGGCACUGAGACAGCUUUGGUUUACCAAAUGUCCCUCAGAGCUCUAGGAACUCAAGUGAUGAACAUUUGCUCUGCUUGUUCAUGUUUAAUUCUUUAUGCUUCCUGCCAUUCCAGAUUUAAUACAGUUCUUUCAGGCUUUCUUUGAGAAGCUUAGUAAGUUCCUUCCUUACAUCCCUAUUCUACUCUAUUUAGGUGCUGCUCAGCACCGCCACACAUGGUUUCUUGAAUCUCAGCAGCUUCAGCGUUUGUCUAUACCCAAGAUGCAGUGCCCCUUGUUUGACUGUUUACAGUGUGUCGUAACAGACAAAGCCACCUCCUCAGAAGCAGGCUAACCUGUCACCUCUUGACAAUGGGAGCCAACUUCUCUUGUGGCAAUACCUGCUUUACCUAGCUCUGAUUUUUCUUUUGCUGGCCUGAUACCCAUCUUAGUCAUUCUUCCCCUCCCCACUCGGCCCAACACCCAACUCCCAGUCUCCCUAUUACCCCUCUAGACCCUUUCCCUUUCCCAAGUGAUACUGCAGUUAUUUGUGUUCCUAGAAAGUAAAAAUAAAGA